AUUUCAUACCGUCAGUCGAGUCGACCUUGAACUUUUUUGUUGUAUAUACUCAAGUAUUGGCCGGCCAAGACAAUCCAGUUGCAAUUGGCGGCUGAACGAUGCGGCACGUCCGCUCUGUUAUCGCACCCAUUCUAUUUUUAUCUGUUAUCGUAAUUAUAUAGUUUUGUGAUUUGUUCUAUUAAGUUUCCAAUGUUAACAUUACAUUCAUUUUAUUCAUCAACCAGUGAUGUGUGUUUAAUAACAUUCUAAAUCAGAAAAUAUCUCAUAAUGCCUAUGAAAAAGAAAUUAGGAACAUUACAGCAGAUGUGGGAAACUGCCUCUUCAACAUUGGUGCAUAUCAUAGAAAGAAUAUUUUUCACACUAGGUGUCUCAGUGGCAAGACACCCUUGGAGAACUAUAGCAUUGUCAUGGUUGUUUAUUUUGCUCAGUUCCAUUGGAUUGAUUAAAUUUCAUAUAGAGAAAAACCCUAUGAAUCUAUGGGUUCCACCAGACUCUGAUUUCUUCUAUGAUACACAUUGGUAUAUGAAUAAAUUUGAAACCAAUUUUAGACUACAAAAAAUUAUUAUCACAGCAGAUGAUGUUCUGCAACCAAAAGUGUUAAGUGCCAUUAGUGAUAUUUCAGAAAAAAUAAGUUCUAUUCAAGUGUUAUAUGAGAAUAAAGCUUAUUCAAUCAAGGACUUGUGCUUCAAAGUGCCUGUGGUGAAAAUUUUUGGGUCAAGUCGUAAAACAAGAUAUGUAGACCAACACAGUGUAAAUAAUAGUGCAGUUAAAGCAAACAGUUCUCAUGAAUUUUUAGAUACCAAUCUCUGGAUGGGCUAUGAUUUCUACUGUGGAUUUUUAAAUAAUUUUCCAUUAGUUUGUCAUCAGUACAAUAUUUUAGAUCUAUUUGAAAAUGAUAUCAACAGUACAACAAAGUAUGAUAUUGUUAAUAGAUUAAAUAAUGUAAAAAACAAUCCAGUAACUGGGCACCCUAUGGACUACACAAAGUUAUUAGGUGGUGUUAAACAUGAUGAAAAUGGAGACAUAGUAUCUGCUAAUGCUAUUAUAUUGACAUGGUUUACUUCAGUCAAUAUGUCUGCUGUAGAUCUUAAUACUGUGGGCAAUCUAGUUGGCACUGAAGACUGGGUUUCAGUGCCAUUAGCCUUGUGGGAAAAAGAGUUCAUAAAUUUAAUGGAGUUGGUCUCCACUAAUUUGACUGAUCUUGGCAUAUUUUAUGAGGCUGGUAGAAGUUUUGGUGACAUCAGUGGACAAGCAAUAUUAAAUGAAAUAGAUAAGUUGUUUUUGGGUAUAAUUUUGAUGUUUUUCUAUAUACAAUUUGCACUGUCACGAUUUAAUUGGCUAGAGAUAAGGCUGACAUUGGGAAGUGUAGGUCUGCUAAGUGUUGGCAUGGCAUAUAUCUCUGCAGUUAGCUGGUGCUCACUUAUGGGCAUAUCUUUUGGGCCAGUUCAUUCUUCUUUACCAUUUCUAUUAAUGGGCCUUGGUGUAGAUGACAUGUUCGUAAUAAGUGCGUGUUGGAGGAAUUUAACAGAAGCAGAACAGAAGAAAAGCCUUCCAGACAAAGUAGGUCUCAUGCUGGAGCAUGCGGGUGUAUCUAUUGUCAUUACGUCUUUUACUGAUAUUGUAGCCUUGUUAAUCGGUGCCAUCACAAUCUUACCGUCUCUAAAAUCGUUCUGUCUGUAUGCAGCCGUAGGGGUAUUUUUUAUAUUUUGCUUCACUGUUACUUUUUACGUAGCCGUUUUCACAUUAGACAUACGCCGAAUAGAAGAUAAUAGAAACGGCGUUUUCUUUUGUUAUAAACAUUCGAAGCCUAUUAAAAUAUCGCAAAAUCAAACGCUGUUUCAAAGGGCUUUUGAGAGAUUUUAUAAAAAUAUUGUGUUUUCUAUUCCUGGCAAAACCAUAAUUAUCUUAUUCACUUUAAUAAUGACGGGUUUCAGCAUAGCAGCGAUGCUUCGUUUAGAACAAAGGUUCGACCCCAAGUGGUUCAUUCCUGACGAUACUUACUAUAAGGACUUUCUUAACACACAUGAAUAUUAUUUCCCCGAGGAAGGCUACCCGUCGAUGAUAUUUUUAGGUGAAAUGAAUUAUCAUGAUGAAUUUGCCAACUUACUCAAUUUAACACAAACAUUGGCCAAAGAACCUUAUGUUAAUGAAAUAUCCUCGUGGGUAGAGAAUUUCCAUGGGUAUGUACUAGAGAACUAUGGCCACGAUUUAAGAAAUAAAUCUGAAGUAACAAAGGACGAGUUUAGAGAAUAUUUGUCCAAGUUUUUAUUUAGUUCGAUCGGCGGAAGGUUUCAACUGAAUUUCAAGUUUCAAAAACCUAUUGAAUGUGGUCAUCCGACUACAGACAUAAGAGCAUCUUCCGUGGCUUUCAGAUUUAAGACAUUUAAGGGGCCUGAGGAAUAUUUACCGGCCAUGAACAACGUUAAACAUAUAGUUAAGUCGACCCCAGUGUCUUCCGGGGACGGGUACCGAAGCGUGUGGUCUAAAGAGUUUGGAAAUUGGGUGACUGAUGAGAUAAUAGCCGUAGAGGUCGAGAGAAAUGUAGAGUUGGCUUUGUUGUGCGUAAUAGCUUGUACGAUUGUGUUGAUUACUAAUCUGCAGAUGUGCUUCUGGAUAUUCUUAUGUGUUUUAUUGACGAUAGUUAAUGUUUUAGGCUGGAUGCAAAGGUGGGGAAUGACGGUGGAUAUAGUUUGUUGCAUUGGUCUCGAGUUGGCUAUAGGUUUGUGCGUGGAUUACGCGGCUCAUAUCGGUCACACGUUCUUGACGGUGUCUGAAGGCCGUAGGUCUGCCCGUGCGCUGAAGACUGUGACGUCUAUCGGCACAGCAGUCUUGUUAGGAGGAGGUUCAACGCUUCUAUCUCUUUCUCUCCUUAGCAUGUCCAAAGCUUACACGUUUCAGUCAUUUUUUAAAAUAUUCCUUUUAGUGAUACUGUUUGGUCUUUUCAAUGGACUACUUUUCUUGCCAGUCGUGCUGUCCCUAAUAGGACCAAGUGCGUACAGGCCGUUGAGGGAUACACACGAAACUGCAGAAAUCGAACUCAAUGUAAAACCUGAUGAUGAAGAAACACAAGAACUGAAUGGCAAAUUCCAGUAGAAAAGAAAGAAACGUUUGCAAAAUGUUGUAUUUGUUGCAACCUACCUUAAUGAUAAAUUUAAAGAUAAAUGUCACCAAGUAGAAGUAGUCCAAGUAUUGUAUAUCACUGGUCUGAUAUCAAAGGGAUUACACAUGAUUAAUAAUUUAUUAGUGCACGUUUAAUUACCUUGACAUCCGUUGUAAUUAACGACAUUAAUGUGACAUAAACUAGCUAUUAUUCUUACGUUCAAAAUCCAAAUGUUAUAAGUAAGUAAUUAAGUAUAAAAACGAUGAAGAGAUAACAUUUCGGUGAGGCUUUCUUAAAUUUGUAUCACGCGAAUGACAAAAACCAUUUUGUUAAUUUAUAAGUAAUGACUUAUACCAUUUUGUUAAUUUAUAAGUAAUGACUUAUAAAUUAACAAAAUGGUUUUUGUCAUUCCAUUGAAAGAAAUGUAUGUUUUAGGUUCGAUUGUAUAGCUAUAGUAAAAGUGAAACAAAGAUUGAAUGAUAAGAUUAUGAUAAAACGCAUGCAUUUUAGUAUUUGCCUUUGGUUGGAACAAGUUAAUUGACUAUGCUUAUCUUAUAAAAUCUGAUAAAUUUAUAACUAUACUAUAUGAUUUAUAAGUAUGCAUUUGUAACAAUUAAGAAUUUGUAUUCAACCUGAAUCUCGAAGUAUCUAUACAAAAACGACAUGGCGCAUUAUUAAAAGGAAAUAGGUACGUAGAGAAAUACCCAGUUUACAUUCAUUUUAAUGUUUGGCAACGAAUAUUAAAUUGUAUUUCAACGUCGACGUUUGUAUUUUUUGCCAAAGAAUGGGUGAUUGUAUGUAUAUAAAUUACAGACAAAUCACUUGUUUAUUACGAAGCGAAUGGAUAAACAUCCGGUCACUUCCUUUCUAAAAUUCAAAAUGAAUGAUUUCGGAAAUUCAAAUUCCAUCCAGUUUUAUUAUAUGUAUAAAUUUGUUAUGUAUAGUAUAGCCUUAUUUAGGCAUAAGUUAGCACUAAAGCAGUAGGUGUAAGCCCGUAGUGAUUUAUAAGUAAUGGAUAAAUGUUAUACAUUUUGUGUCAUUGUUAAAAUCUUCCAUUUAUUGGUAUUUGAAUUUAAAUUUUAUGUACCAUAGCAUGUAACGUUAGAAAAAACCGCAUGUUAACUGUACUUAAGUUCUAGUAACAGUUAAGCAGUAAGAGCUCAUAAUUACUGCGCUUGUUUAUGAACUGUAACAGUUACAUUUUUAGGGUAGCGGUGUGUAGCAAUAAUUAUAAAAACACAAUUACCAUCAAUUAUACAAACAUAUACUUACAAUAUAUAUUAUAUAUUGUAAGUAUAUGUUUGUAACUAUUGUGUAAAUCGCGUUCGUUUAUGAUCUGAUUACUUACUACUAUUUAAUUUAGAUUCCAACUUACUUUUUACCUUGGUACCUAUUAGGGAGAGCUAAUAGAGACAAUUUGAUAAUAGGGUAGAUGAUACAUUUAUAUCUUGAUGACUAUUCGAAGCUACCGUACAGCUAACCUUAAAUAUUGCGUUUAUGGGGAUAACUUCUUAAAAAAAUUCGUUUCAAAAUUUUUGUUUUUCACGAUGGUUGAGUUUAUUUUUAUAUUUUUUUACUUUUUAAUCGGACUUUCCAGUUGGAAAGUUAUCCAGAUCCAGUGGUAUUGUAAUAAGUAGUAUUAUCACAAUGAAUGUUAUAUAAAAUAUAGUAAUUAAAUAUGUGUUUUAUCGAGAGUAUUCAUAUUUUCUUCAAUUUUCUGACCUUAUCAUCUACCCUUUUCUUUCAUUAAUUCAAUUUUAAAUUGAGUUCCAAUAAAUAAUAUAAUAAUAUUUCUUCAAAUUUUUUUAGUAAUAGUUACUUAAUCAUAUUAUUUCCUGGAAUUUGAAGACUGUCGGGGAACCUUUGCUUUUCUUUUGGACGUAUUGGGACCAUGAGAUACCUAAGUACGAAUUGCAAUAAAAGUAAGCUGAAUAUGUUUGGUUGUGAAAUUAAGAUUAUGAUAUUUGUAUUAAGGCAAAAUUUGUCAAUAGUUAUGUAAGGUACUUGUAUGAACAAAUGCUGUGUAUACUAUAAAACUUGAAGUAAUAUCAAAUAAGUCUGAAUUGUUUAUAUGGUCUAGACCUACAUUUGUUUUAUAAUCGUCUAAAUGAUUUAAGUUUGAAAUUGGAUUGAUUUUAAUUCGAUUUCUAUUUUAAAAAGUUAUAACCAUAUUCUCAAUCGAUCGAUUUAAUUCUAAUGGCUGCGAUACAGUUUCGGCCAUUCAACGUACAUCACUGGCUACUAAUGUGAGCAUAGCAUCAACGCAAAGCAAACGCUAGCAAUGAACGUCGAAUUAGAGUCGUUUCUAAUGACGGCAACACACUGUCGUUGAACUCAAACAGAUGCCGAAGCGAAUGCACGAACAUUGCGGAGUUUGUAACUAUGUACAUGUAACACGCAAAACAUGGGGAACUGUAUGCCGAUAGUGUGGAGCCAGCAUACCAAAUCUUCGCUAUUCGCUUCGCUUCUAAUAUUAUGUAUGUAGAUUGCCAAACUAUGUUUUCAUAACGUUAUACCUAUCUAGUUUUAUAUAAAACCAGCAAUAAAGUAACCAAUUUGUAUUUUAA